AUGCCCGGCUUUGCGACGUAUCUACUUGGUGGCCUUACUGCGAUCGUAAUCGCUUGCCUAGUGUUCUCACUAUUCAAACACCCCUCGCUGCCCCUACCACCAGGACCUAAGCCUGCGCCUCUAAUUGGAAAUAUUCACCAGCUACCCAAGAGCCUCCAGUGGCUGGAGCUCUACCACUGGAGCAAGAAGUAUGGCCCAGUCAUGCACCUCAGCAUGGGUGGGCAGCCGCUUAUCAUCCUCUCCACCCACCAGGCCGCACACAAUCUUCUCAACUGCCGCAGCUCGCAAUAUUCGGACCGCCCGCGCAUGGUCAUGGCCGGUGAGCUGGUCACUAAGGGCAUGCACAUGCUCCUUCGACCAUGCAACGAUCAGUACAGACUACACCAGAGGAUGGAGGCACCGCUCCUGACCCUGCGCGCUGCGAGCAAAUACCGCCCGCUACAGGAUCUCGAGUCGCAGCAGCUGCUAUGGGACGUGCUAGGCGAGUGGGACCGGUUUGGCGAGAAGGGCGUGGACUUCCACCACCACUUCGAGCGCGCAAUGGCCAGCACCAUCUAUUGUCUGAAUUACGGCUACCGGUUACAAACGGGAUACGAGAAGGAGCUAAUGGACGGGAAGCGCGUGCAGGCAGAGUUUGCGCGCACCGGACAGGUGGGCGCGUACAUUGUCGACUCAUUCCCGUGGUUGAACUAUCUGCCCAAGUCCCUGGCGCCUUGGAAGACAGAGGGUGAGAAGCUGUUUGAGCUGGAGCGCCAGCUGCAUGUCGGGAACUUGAAGAAGGGGCUGAGUAACCGCAAAUGGAACUUUGCGAAGCAUAUGAAGGACUCGCCGGAGGCUGCGGGAAUGCCAGAGGUUGAGCUCGCCUUUGAUCUGGGGAUCCUUGCUGAUGCUGGUUUGGACACUUCGACUGUUGCGCUGGACUGGUUUAUCGUUGCUUGGAUCACGUCGGGCUCGCGUGGCUGGGUGAAGAAGGCGCAGCAGCUACUGGACGAGGUCGUCGGCAAGGACCGCCUACCGAGCUUUGAAGACCGCCCCAAGCUGGCUUAUAUCGACGCUAUUGCAAGCGAGACCCUUCGCUGGCGCCCCGUCGUCGUCCAGGGCGUACCACACUUCACUAAGACCGAGGACGAGUACAUGGGGUACCGCAUCCCCGCCAACUCAACUGUCCUUCCCAAUGCAUUUGCCAUCACUCGCGAUGAGGCCGUCUUCGGCGAGGAUGUCGAUAACUUCAUCCCCGAGCGGUGGCUUGCCAAGGAAUCCGACCAGGAGCAGAUCGAUAUUUGCGGGCUCAACACAUCCGCCCUUAACCAGCUGCCGCAUACGGGCUUUGGGUUUGGGCGUAGAUUAUGUACAGGCCGUCUCAUUGCGCGCAACCAGCUGUUCAUCCAGAUGGCGCGCAUGCUGUGGUCGUUUGAUGUCGAGGCUGGGGUUGUGGACAAGGCUACGGGCGGGAGACACAAGGUCCAUGAUAUGGACUGCACAGAAGGCUUUGUCACCCUACCCAAGCCUUUUAGGUCUGUGAUGCGUCCGAGGGGCCAGUGGGUGCGUGAGGCGAUCCUGAAGGCGGGCACCACGCAUACCCUGGAUCACUCGGCCAUUUUAGAGGCGGCAAAGAUUGAAGAAUUCCGAUAA